CUCUUUCUCAUCACUCCUGCUUCACUGGAGACUCACACAUCAUGAAAUUCACUGUGUCUCUGAGUGGACUUCUGCUUGUUCUGCUUCCUCUUUUGACACAAAGUGUGCAGGGAGAGUCUGUGGACAUUGACACCCUUGCCCGCAUUAUAAACUUCUUUGAGCAAAACUAUAAGAGAGUCGAUAAAGAUGGACAUCCUCGCCAGUAUGCUACAGCCAUCAACGUGCAAAAGAAACAAUGUCAAGAGCUCUUCAUUCCUUCACAGGAAAACUUCCUGACUCAGGAGAAUGCAGGAAAUGUGAAAAAUGCCAUUACUGACGAGACAAAUGCAGUAUACCAAGGUACAGAGCUCAUCGCUGCAGGAACAAAGAAGGUUGUAAUCAGUAAAAAGAAGCAAUACAAUAUGCAUUCAGAGUCUCUACUUCUGAAUCCUGCUGACAACUCACCGAUGACAAACCUCUUGAAUAAAAAAAAAAGACGACAGCUGCACCAUUUUCUACACCUUUGACUCUCCCUGUGUUGACACGUGUCUUAAUGAGCAAAGCGAUCACAGCAUUAUAAAAGCGCUUGACAACUGGAAAAAACACAGUGGAAUUAAAGCUUUUG